AUGCAACCACCUCAUACCUCGGCAAGGUCCAUACAAUCGGCCGCGAGAGCUCAACUAGCAGCGCCAUUGCCCAGUCAGGAUGCCCUACUAGACAUCCUCAUACCUACUCUCGACCUGCUGCACCUGCUUCCAGAGCAAGAGGUUCCACAUCUGAUAUGCCGCAAGCACGCAGCCGCGAAAGUAUAUGGCAUCAAAGACGACGAGCUAGACGAUGAAUUCCGGAUAGCAUUCCGCGGCAGGUCUUGGCUGCAGGAUGUACAGCAAGCUAUACUAGGAUCCAUCGCCAGGGAUUGGGCCCCUCGAUUGGCAGAGGAUGGCCUUUGGGAGCCUCUCCUUAGAUCCUGGUUCGCGCCGCAAGUCAGCCUAGCUGCGCCGCAAAGACCCAGUGCUGGACUCAUCUCAGUAAUAGAAGAGCUCGAGGAUGCCGGCAACAGCUCGCAAACGCAAGUCUCAGCGGCUCUCGUCACCGCCUCCGGCAUGCAGGUCUUCAUCUCAACCCUCUCACGUCUAACAGUGCAAGAGGGAGGAGCAGCAGCAUCUCCCAUUUCACCCAUCUUGGCGGAAAGCAUCCCCGUCCUCAUCUCCCACUAUGCAAGGGCAGACUUCCCCUUGCUCGACAGCCUUAUGAUCGCCUCGCUAUCGGAGCAGAAUCUCGCCAGGCAGAAGCUCGUCUGGCAAGAGAGCAUGCAGGCCAUGCUCAGUCUACCAAGUCGAAUCGCCAAUGCGCUCCAGGGCGAUGUACCUCAGUCAAUUACAACAUCAACUUACUCUGCCACUCUGGCUUUACAAUUGGCAGAACAAGUAGCACGACUUGCAGAACCGCACUCCUCCGAUGGGCGCAGUGGACUCUUGUCUCAAUUGCUGUCCAGGCUGCUCAGAGCCGGUCAAGUCACCAAUGCAUUCUGGGAAGUCAUGACCAGAUCCAUCUUCCAAGCCGCCAACGGCAAUCUGACCUGGCCGGCUCCCUACGGCCGAGCCUGGCAGAAGGUCUUGGCCUCUCUCGACGACACAGAUCGGAAGGCUUUCGAUCAGAACUUGCUUGCGUUCCUCGAUCAGCGGAUCCGCCUGGAGUACUUGCAAGGUUUGGUAACAGACCAAGAAAGAGGGAAGCCUGUGCUUGUAGGACAAUCUUUCCUAGGCGCAGACGUGGCACGAAUGCUCGAGGUACAGACACGCCUACUUGUAAUGCUUUGGGGAGGCAAUGGCCAGGCCGCUGAUCGUCCCGAGAGCUCUGUAGCUCCUGAAGACGAUGAUGAUGACGAUGACCUGGCUGCCUAUCAAAGAGUGAGAUCCUAUAUGCUCGAUGAGCCACAGCAGUAUAGCCCUGUGAUGGCUCGUACAUUCGCGGCGGUGCUGCUCGAGCUCGACCCUCAAGGCUUGGACGAUGCGCUGUUCGAGGCAGUCGAUGUCUGGGCCAAUGCUGCUCGUGUAAAGAGAUCGACGGCUGCACAAGAGCAAUACCUUGCAACUCUAAUCAUUUGUCUCCUUGCGGAGAUCAAGCAGUCCCCGCAACCUAGCAACAUCAACAUCGGGCAAACUCUCACUCGCCGCAAAGAAUUUGUGGAAGGCGUCGCUGCUCACAUGAGUCAUCUCGAUCCUCACAUCCGACUUAUGGGCAUGCUCCUUGCGGAGCUUGCUAGCGAAGCUUCGCAGAGUGAGGGCAAGGGGGAGAGCGGCUCCAAGAAGCUCGAAUUUGGGAGGACCCUGUGGGACGGAGUGGGCAAUGGGAAGGAGGAGGCGAGAGUACUGAGGGCACUCUUCCACUCUUGGAAAGUCGUCGCUGCGUCUGCUACAGAGGUGACCGCCGCGAACGCACUCGAGUGUCUAGGGCUCGUUGAAGACGAAAAGCCUGGCGAAUCAAGCCCGCUCAAUGGAGACAACAAGCAGCCGAAGGAGAGAGACGCCCCUGCUACUCGUCGUCUUCCUGAGAGAAGAUCCGCGGCUACUUCAAAUCCAGCCAAAGCAAAACCCUCUAUGCUGAUCUCUGAGCUGAACGAUUCCGAUGACGAAGUCCCCAUUCUGGGACGAGCAACCGUCGAGUCGGAAUCUGAGGCUUCUUCCUCGUCGGAGAGUGACUCAUCAGACGACGAUGACGGUCCAACUCACGAUGGCUUUGCCGAGCCAGACAUGCCCCUCGACGCGUCCUCCUUCAAGCAAGCAGGGAAAGGUGCUGGCCAACGAGAUGAAGAAGAGACUUUUGAGCUGGACACUCGCAAGCGUCGUCGUGCCCCAGUGUACAUCUGGGAGCUCGCCUCUCUACUUCGCGAGAAAGACCGAGAUGCUGUACGUGUAGGCCUGAAGAGUGCCGAGGCCCUCAUCAGGCGCAAGUCUGGCUGGGGAGGGGAAGUGGACGAGAAUUGUGUCGAUCUGGCCUUUGUGCUUGUUGGACUGCAGAACAACUACCGUCUGAAGCACUUUGACGAGCGUAGGACCUCAGCACUGCAGGCGCUCGUUGUGGCCUCGCCUCGGCUGGCGGCGGGGGCCAUCAUUGAGCAGUUCUUCACCGAUAGUUGGUCGAUCCUGCAGCGCUUUGCGAUUCUGAAUGCACUCGCCGCCGCAAGUCGAGAAUUGGCAGGGGCAACCCCUCUUCCUGGAGUCGGAGCGGGUGUGCAGACGAAGCAAGGGAAGGCAAUAGUGGGGCAACAGCAAUCGCAGGGUGCGGGAGUCACUGCGCUGGCUAGCUCAUUGGCUGAUGUGGCCAUCUCUCGCGCUAAGCACGAGGGAGAGGAGCGCGUGCCCGAGAUCAAGCGCGAGAAGGCUCUCAAGCUCACAAGUCAGUCAAGCCGCAAUGGCAACGGCAGAAGCGGCAUCGGUAUCGAAGAAGUCGGCACAGGCACAUCAUCCUCUCUGCAGCUUGCGAACAGAAAUGGGCAUCAAAGCAGUGCAUUCAGCUCCCUUCCCGGGACUCUCACACGUCCAAGGGAGAAGUACAUAGAUCUAGCGGGCUCCGUCUUCCUCUUCCCGCUGCUCACCCGUCUCUCAGCACACAUAAGAGAGACAUCCAGUCGUUUCUCUCGUCUGAGCAGCAGCGCCAGCGGCGGGGCAGGCACCCGUGACGGCUCCGGAGUGUCUCUCGGUCUCGGUUCAGGCAUCACCAUUGGUCUCUCCUCCCUCUUUGAUCCUCAAAUCCUCUCCGCACUCCUAGACACCCUCUCCGUCUUGGCACACUCUGCCCGUAACGCAAGCGAUUUCCUCGCCCUGCUCGCACCAGAAGUAAUGGAGGUGGCGCUGCUCGUGGCAACGAGAGCGUUGCCCCUUUCCCUCGCCGGAGCUGGAGCUGGAGCUGGCACUGACGGAGGAGAAGGCGGAGGGGACCUCUCCACCAUGCACCUUCUACACGGGUCCUGCCUCUCCCUCCUGCUAGUCAUCCUCGACGCAUCCUUCUUCCGGGACGAAGGACGAACCCUCCUGCGCUUCCACGCACGACCGCUUCUGGAGGAUGUGGGGGAGUUUGCUGCUGGGGUGUUUGAGAGGGUGGAAGGGGAGGGAGGAGAACGGGGAGGUGGUAGAGGAGUAGGGUUGGGAGGAGGGGGAGGAAGGGGAGGGGAGGGAGUCUCGAGAGCGGCUAGAUGUAGUGCGGCUGUGGUGCUUAGGAUAGAGGAGAUGCGCAGUCGCUGGAGGGAGGAGAGGAUGCGGGGGUUGUAG